UCUGAAUGGUGACAUUUCAUACAUCAACUGCUUCACGAGUUUAUCGGAUUCCUUCUUAUCUUCUUCUCAUAUGAUAGAUUAGGGUUUUCCCUCACCUCAAGACUUUCUAAUUUCUCUUAUCAACUAUUUUUCUUUCUCUCGUGCUAUCUUUACCGUUAAUUCUUUUAAGCUUUAAAGCCAUGGAGAUGGAGCGAGUCACUGAGUUUCCUUUGACUCACUUGGAUCGUCGACCGCGGAAACGACCUCGUUUGGGUUGGGAUGUUGCUCCUCAAACCCCUAAGGUUCAAAUAGGUAUAUUUUGUGGACAUGACACUGGAAAUGUCGGAAGCAUUGAACCUUCAGCUGCACCUUCAAAACAUGUUACUUCUAGUUCUCUGUAUCACAAGGAAGUCGUGCGAAAUGGUUCUCCCCCAUGGAGGGAAGAUGACAAAGACGGGCAUUAUAUGUUUGAGCUUGGAGAAAAUAUUACUUCUCGCUACAAGAUUCACAGCAAAAUGGGUGAAGGUACUUUUGGCCGGGUGUUGGAAUGUUGGGAUCGUGAGCGUAAAGAAAUGGUGGCCAUUAAAAUUGUGCGUGGAAUAAAGAAAUAUCAUGAGGCAGCAAUGAUUGAAAUCGAUGUGUUACAACAGCUCGGUAAACAUGAUAAAGGAGGCAACCGUUGUGUGCAAAUACGGAACUGGUUUGACUAUCGUAACCAUGUUUGUAUUGUUUUUGAGAAGCUUGGACCAAGCUUAUAUGAUUUCCUUCGCAAAAACAAUUACCGCUCAUUUCCUAUUGAUCUUGUCCGUGAGAUUGGAAGACAACUGUUGGAAUGUGUAGCAUUUAUGCACAAUCUUCAUCUUAUACACACUGAUUUGAAGCCUGAGAAUGUGCUAUUAGUUUCACCAGACUAUAUUAAGAUCCCUGAUUACAAGGGGUCUUCUCGAUCACCCAGGGAUAGCUCCUACUACAAGAGAGUGCCCAAGUCAAGUGCCAUUAAAGUGAUUGAUUUUGGUAGCACUACAUAUGAGCGUGCAGAUCAGAACUAUAUAGUCUCGACACGACAUUAUCGUGCUCCUGAAGUCAUUCUGGGCCUUGGUUGGAGCUACCCAUGUGAUGUCUGGAGUGUUGGGUGUAUUCUGGUGGAACUGUUUUCGGGAGAAGCCUUGUUUCAAACGCAUGAAAAUUUGGAACACCUUGCGAUGAUGGAGAGGGUUCUUGGGCCUAUGCCACAGCAUAUGCUGAAGAGAGUAGAUCGACAUGCAGAGAAGUAUGUUAGAAGAGGUAGAUUAGACUGGCCAGAAGGUGCAACUUCUAGGGAGAGUAUUAGAGCAGUUACAAAGCUCCUCCGCCUUCAGAACCUGGUAAUGCAGCAUGUGGAUCAUUCAGGGGGCGAUCUUAUACAUCUUUUGCAAGGCCUUCUUAAGUAUGAUCCAUCAGAGCGGCUCACUGCACGUGAAGCUCUCCAACAUCCAUUCUUUGCUCCUACUCGUCUCAGGAGUUGAAUAGACAUUGCUGGAUAUGUCUGUGACUUGUGAACGCGGUGUUGGCCCAAUUUUAGACAAAGUGCAUUCCCAGAAAUGCUAAGAAAUUGAGUUGUGCUGGUGAGGUGCUUGCCAACUUGCCAAUGUUGAUUUUUCACUUAUGUUUUUGGGGUGCAGCAGGUUAUGAAAUUGUAUAUAACCUUUUUUCUUGACAUAUUUGUAUAGAGACUACAACUAGUAUUGGAUGCCUAAUAUUUACUUUUUCAUUUCCA